CGUAGGAGAAUAUAGGAACAUCUGAAUUCAUUGUUAAGAGAAGAAAAUGGAUGUCAUAGAAAAGCUUGUAAUCCUUCUCGCAGGUUCUUUCUGCCUGUACCUCCUCAUAUCUCUAGUCAAGGUCCUCUACCAGUAUUGGUGGGUGCCGCUCCGUAUACAGCAUUUACUGAGUUCACGGGGAAUUAAAGGACCUCCUUACCGAUUCAUCCACGGAAACAAUAAGGAAGUUAACCAUUUCAGAAAGGAAGCAUUAAGCAAACAUAUGGCCUUGACACAUGAUAUAUUUCCCAAAGUGCUACCUCAUGUUUACUCCUGGAUCAAUAUCUACGGGAAGAAUUAUCUUUAUUGGGACGGUAUUCAAGCUCAAGUGGCGAUUACCGAACCAGAGCUAGUCAAAGAGGUUCUGAAAAAUAGUGAAAAAGCUUUUCCAAAACCGAAGCCACCAAUCUACGUUAGCAGGCUACUGGGGGACGGGCUUGUGACAACCGAAGGUGAAAAAUGGGCGAAGCAGAGGAAGUUAGCCAAUUAUGUUUUUCAUGGGGAGAGCUUAAAAAACAUGAUUCCAGCAGUAAUUGCUAGCGUUGAAAGAAUGCUAGAGCAGUGGAAAGGUCAGGAAGGCAAAGAGAUCGAAGUGUUUCAGGAAUUUAGAUUGCUGACUUCAGAAGUGAUAUCGAGAACAGCUUUUGGUAGCAGUUACUUGGAAGGGAAGAAGAUUUUCGACAUGCUGAUGGAGCUCUCAAUAAUUGUGAACAGAAGUUUAUUUAAGGCCAGGAUCCCUGGCAUCAAUAAGUUCUGGAAAACUGAUGACGAUAUAGAGUCAGAGAAACUUGAAAAAGGAAUACAUGAUUCUGUGAUGGAGAUUGUUAAGAAAAGAGAAGACAAAGUAGUGAGUGGAGAAGCUGACAGCUUCGGUAGUGAUUUUCUGGGAUUGCUUAUAACUUCCUAUCAUGAUUUGGACGACAAAAACAGGCUUUCGGUUGAAGAUUUGGUAGAUGAGUGCAAAACAUUCUACUUUGCUGGACAGGAAACUACUAAUUCCUUGCUUGCAUGGACUGUCUUGCUUUUAGCAGUCCAUAGAGAUUGGCAAGAGAAAGCAAGAAGAGAGGUGAUUGAGAUAUUUGGCAACCAAAAUCCACAUUCUGAAGGCCUUGCCAAGCUAAAAAUAAUCACCAUGAUCAUGUACGAAACUCUAAGAUUGUACGCUCCUGUAAAUGGCCUGGUAAGAAAAGUUGGAAGAGAAGUUCAAUUGGGAAAGCUAGUCCUCCCUGCUGGUAUAGAGUUUAUGAUCCCAAACAUGGCACUUCACCAUGACCCUCAAUUAUGGGGAGAUGAUGUGCGUCUUUUUAAACCGGAGAGAUUUGCCGAAGGGAUUGCCAAAGCUACCAAAUACAAUGCAGCUGCGUUUAUUCCCUUUGGGUUGGGACCUCGAUCUUGUGUUGGUAUGAGCUUUGCGACCACAGAAACAAAGACUGCUCUCUCGAUGAUUCUCCAACGCUACUCCAUUGCCCUCUCCCCUGCAUAUGUCCACUCACCAGUAAUUAAUCUUACCCUUCGGCCUCAACAUGGAAUUCAAGUAAUACUUCAGUCACUGCACUGUGAUGCUUAAGAAUGCUGCUGUAAUCUUUAUCCUUAAGAUGUUAAAACAUGUAAUCACUUCAAAGUG